AUGGGCGACAGGGUAACGGAAAGUGAAGAAGAGACAUCUUAUAGUUAUUCUUCGAAUGAGGAAGAAGAUUUGACUGAACUCUGUGCCUUUGUGAAAUAUAAUAAAGAAUAUAAGAGAGAAGGGCCCGCACUGAUUUAUAUUCCAGACAAUUACAUUUUGACAGAGUAUAAAGAUGGAAAGUGCGAGAAGGGAUAUAUGUUGCAUGGAGAUAAUGGCCUGAGUGAAUUAAAAUACGAAAAUAAUAAAAUCACGAGCCGAACUGUCAUUGAAGCCACACCUGGAAAACUUCAUGAUCCGACAGGCACUUAUGAGUUUAAUGGCUUUAUUCAAAACGAUUCCCCCAUGGGAUUCGGUAUUUGCAAAGACAUUGCCUCAAAUCAGGUUAUUUACCAAGGAUACAUGAUUGGUUGGGAAAGGAGUAUUGAUGGAGUCAGUAAGAAGGAUAACAAGAAGGUAUUUAGUGGAAGUUGGUGUGCGAAUAAACGGUGUGGGUAUGGGAUUGAGUACGACGAAAAUGAGAUGAUUUCACGAGAGGGAUACUGGUUUAAUGACGAGUUUAUCCAGUCCAAUCUCUUUCUCGCCAACCCACUGAACUUAUCGAUGAGCAAAUGGAAGGUGAACACUUCUUUGUGUUCGGAAGUAUUAAAUUUCUCGGGAUUUCAGAAGGUGGAGGAGAUUACUUUCAAUAGUCGGAAUUUCGAAACUACAGGCAUUGUAAACAUUACUGGCCUACAAAACCUCAAGAAAAUCGAAUUCGAAGCGAAUGGCUUCUCCAUGUUUGGCUACGCAAAUCCCAAACGAAGUUUUUGUAUUUCGGAUUGUCCCUUGCUGGAGAGUAUUCUUAUUGGAAAGUAUUGCUUCACGGACUUCACUCAUUUUGAACUGAGCAAGCUGGAUUCUCUUGAAGUUUUAAAAAUUGGAUCCAUCGAUUUCGAUUCUUUUAACUUUUACGAGGCAUCAUUCAGCAUUCAAAGUAGUUCUUGCUAG